AUGGAAACAUCGCAUCAGCCAACCACUCCAGCGGCGGACCGUUCGACGGAAAGACCCUGGCAGAUCCGAGAAACCGAGGAUAUUGAUCAUGAUGUUCGCCAACCAAUAUCGGAGAUCCCCAGGAUCAGGGAGCACCUCGCAACCGAAAUUGCGACGGGUGCAAACCCCCAGGCUGAAGGAACAAACAGCACGACUCUUCUGCACACAAUGUUCCACCUUCUUGACAGCAUCGAAAUGUGGCUCGAGGUAGCCGCUCAGCAGAAAGAUCCCGGCUUCGAGGGUGGACGACAGAGGAGCGAUCGUCGCGCCACACUACCAGCUUCCAUGACACUUCAAGUUCCCCCUGGACCCGCCCCAGGGGCCACCCACCCCCCAUUCUCGCCGACACGAACCGUCUUUUCGGCGGCGGCCUCUUCUAUUCAGGGAAACCGGCCCCGACCGAGCGAGUAUGAACGAUCGAUGGUUGAUCUCAGACGCAGCUUUGGCCUUGCGGCAAGCAGAUCCGAUCUCAUAGACGACGGCAUGCCCUGGAGUGGGCUUGGGAUCAACCGCCAACACACCCCCACCCUGCCCAGGGUAAGCGAGGAUGUCGACCAGGAGCCUAGCGUGGCUCCCAAAGUGAGACGGAGGAGAACGAUGGGAGCUAUGCCUGAGGAGCGGCCAGAACCUCUCAAGAUGAGGCCAUCUGCCCAAGAGCCCGGACAGGCUCAUGUUCCAAUAGUGGUCAAGGUCUCAAGCAGGCCACCAAACCCGAGGCGAGCCUCUGCUCCUGUCAGGCCCAAGCCAGUAAGAAAGGAGGGCAGCGCCAGGACCUCACCGUCCCGGUCAAACAAGGAAAGCAGAUCAAGAAGGCCGCCUUCCGUGACCAGCAUGCAGUCGAUCAGGGCAGAGUACGCAGAGCUGGUUUCCCUCAUUGUGCACAACUGGCGACAGAGCCUCUUGCUCAAGCUCGAGACGGCAAAGGAGCGUUACCGCGUCAGAGCCGAAGUCCCGCCUCCCGUGCAUCCCGAAGCCGAGCGCCAAAGACGGCGACUCGCGGAAAAGCCCCUCCCCUCGCUGCCUUCAUCUCCCACAAGCUCUACUUCGGAGGCAAAACCGGCUCCUGCGCCGAAGCGGAAGACAAGACCACCUAUUCGACGCCGUCCUCAAUCUGCUUACGUUUGA